AUGUCUUUCCAAGCCGUACAAUACAACGAUACGAGCAAACUGGUUCCGACUACACGAAUCAAAGAGAGAGAAUGUCUAAGAAUGCUUGAUGUAACCGACGUUUUCCCCGGUGCGACCCGCCUCAAAUACAACGGCUGCAUCCUGCCGUUCGUGUUGGAGGAGGACGGAAACAACUCGCAGCCUCUACGUGUGCUCGCUGAUACGAGCCCAUUCGAAUUACCAUAUGGACCAGCUAGAGCAAUCGCAAAAUCAAUCAGAGAUAUUAAGGGCGAAGAGCAAGAUGAUGGACCGCCCAAGAUUAGUCAAAGGUAUGCUAUAGUUAGUUUUGUUUUUGAUCCAUAUUUAAAUUUGAAAUUUCUCGAUGGGGAACAGGUCUCUGAUAAUUCAAAAUCAAUGUCAUGGUUUGACCAAGCAGAGAUAAAUCACUCUUUAUCUGAUUACUCGUCCUCGCCGGUUUGGGAAAUCUACGAACCUUUCGAUGCUUUAUACUUUCCUUGCACCGGCAUAUCUGAAGAGGAUAAAGUACAGAGGUUUGGGUUGUUUAAAGGUCUCAAAGUCGCUAAAUUCGAUUGGUUUAUAAAGUUACACUUCGGAAAUCGGCCCGUCAUCCACGUUGGUUUCAAGGCAAGUGAGCUUGAUGUACCUCUUACUCUACAUAAGAAAACUAACGAGCCUUAUUUUACUAGGAUCUUAAUUAUGAGUCCUGGGAUUCAAUGCUGA